AUGAGCGGCAGCGACGUGGAUGCCGCCAACCCCCAGAAAGAGGCCCCAGCUCCCCCCAGUUCCAGCGGCUCCGGCAUCAGCAUCAAGAAGCGCAAGAAAGACGGCCUCAAGCCCAUCAUCACCAUGGAGGGGCCACCAUCGCAGCGACCUGCAGACGCAGAUGCGGCAUCAGGAAUAGGAACAGGCAAGGCGUCCAAGUCGCAGGACAACACGGACAUGCACGAGUAA